AUGGUUAGAUAUUCCCAAUUUCUUCUUUCAAUCCCUAACCCUUGCCUCUCUAUCCCCUUGCCUCUCUAUCCCCUAUUCUUCUUCGAUUGCUUGUCCUUCUUCUCCUAUUGUGACACUCUUCCAAAGACCAAGAUUGGUUUCUCUGCAAUUAAUCUCAUAUAUUUCUUCACAGAAGGACCAGAUGAGGUGAAAUGCUGGCAAAUUAGACGGCAAUCCAAGGCUCCUCAAACUGCAGGAGCCAUUCAUACUGAUUUUGAGAGAGGAUUUAUAUGUGCUGAGGUCAUGAAAUUCGAAGAUCUGAAGGAGCUUGGAAGUGAGUCAGCUGUUAAGGCUGCUGGAAAAUAUAGGCAGGAAGGGAAAACUUAUGUGGUCCAAGAUGGAGACAAAAUAUUUUUCAAGUUCAAUGACUCUGGAGGUGGGAAGAAGUAA